GGGACUCGUCAGGACGGCUUGGAGAGAGGAGCGGAAGAGGAGGGGCGAAGACCCAUGGCGGCCCUGAGCGCUGCUCGCGGUGGUCCGGGGAGGAAGCCGUGGACGCACUUCGUGAAGGCUGCUCUGUGCCUCACGGGCCGUGGGACUCGCUCGGUGCCCUGGAGAGGUUGUUCGCGGGAUCAGCGGGUGGCCGGCCACGACGACCUGCCCGUUCCAAUGGAAAAUCCUUAUAAGGAGCCUCUUAAAAAAUGCAUCUUGUGUGGAAAACGUGUAGAUUAUAAGAACAUACAGCUUUUGUCCCAGUUUAUUUCUCCAUUUACUGGAUGCAUUUAUGGAAGGCACAUAACAGGUCUUUGUGGGAAGAAACAGAAAGAAAUCACAAAAGCAAUUAAGAGAGCUCAAAUAAUGGGGUUUAUGCCAGUUACAUAUAAGGAUCCUGCAUAUCUCAAAGACCCUAAAGUUUGUAACAUCAAGUAUCGGGAGUAAAUUAUAUGAGUCUUAUCAUCAAUAAACAUAUUUUAUAAUAAA